UAUGUGUUCAGUUAUAAGAAAAGUUCAUUGAAAAUUUGAAGACUGUUUGCAGCGCCGUUGUGCGGCAUUCAUAAGAAUAUUCCUUGUGACGCAAUAGGAACUCGUCCUUUCCGUCGACCUACCGUGAGCGGAACAUGUCGCAUACGUCUGAGCGAAGAAACGAUGAUCAAUGGGCAGGAGAUUCCAAAAAUGGUCCAAGUGAAAGUGAUCAACAAACAUAUGAUGGCCCUCCUGGUAUGGAGCCUGAUGGAAUCAUUGAAUCAAAUUGGGAUGUUGUCGUUGACAACUUUGAUGAAAUGAAUCUGAAAGAGGAAUUAUUACGUGGUAUUUAUGCUUAUGGUUUUGAAAAACCUUCUGCAAUUCAACAGCGUGCCAUUCUGCCAUGUAUAAGAGGACACGAUGUGAUUGCGCAGGCACAGUCAGGAACUGGCAAGACUGCUACAUUUUCAAUUUCUAUUUUACAACAAAUUGACACUACCAUUAAAGAGUGUCAAGCUUUGAUUCUAGCACCAACUCGUGAGCUUGCUCAACAAAUUCAAAAAGUUGUUAUUGCUUUGGGAGACUUUAUGCAUGCAGAAUGUCAUGCAUGUAUUGGAGGUACUAAUGUACGUGAAGAUAUGCGAAAAUUGGAUCAAGGUGUUCACAUAGUAGUUGGUACACCUGGUAGAGUUUAUGAUAUGAUUAGUCGGCGGGCAUUACGGGCCAGUAGUAUCAAACUAUUUGUACUAGAUGAAGCUGAUGAGAUGCUCUCUCGUGGUUUCAAGGAUCAAAUUCAUGAUGUUUUUAAAUUAUUACCUCAUGAAGUACAGGUUAUAUUACUAUCUGCUACAAUGCCAUCAGAUGUAUUAGAUGUAUCUAAAUGCUUCAUGCGAAAUCCAAUUCGUAUUUUGGUUAAAAAAGAAGAACUUACACUAGAGGGUAUUAAACAAUUUUUCAUCUAUGUUGAGCGUGAAGAAUGGAAAUUUGAAACACUUUGUGACCUAUAUGAUACAUUGAGUAUCACUCAAGCAGUUAUCUUUUGUAACACGCGGCGUAAAGUAGAUUGGUUAACAGAAAGUAUGCGCACUCGUGAUUUUACGGUCUCUGCUAUGCAUGGAGAUAUGGAACAGAAAGAACGAGAUCUCAUUAUGAGGCAGUUUAGAACUGGAUCAUCUCGUGUUCUCAUAACAACCGAUCUUUUAGCACGUGGUAUUGAUGUUCAACAGGUUUCACUUGUCAUCAAUUAUGAUUUACCUUCCAAUCGUGAAAAUUAUAUUCACAGAAUCGGUCGAGGUGGUCGUUUCGGUCGCAAGGGAGUGGCAAUUAACUUGGUAACUGACGACGAUAAACGAACCUUGAAAGAUAUUGAACAAUUCUAUAAUACUAGUAUCGAAGAAAUGCCAAUGAAUGUCGCAGAUUUGAUUUAAAUCUGACUAUUGGCUAUAAUUCAUUAUAAUUAAAAAAAAAAAAUAAUAAAAGUAAGUGAAAUACGGAGCUCUCAGCUGAUCUCUCAUGGUGUGUGAGUAUAUAUAGAGUGAAUUGGUGAACUAUAAUCGCUUAUGUAAACGCGAUCUACCGAAAUAUUCCAAACGUUCUCAUCUCAAUUUCAUUUUAUAACAGUAGAUUACAGAAAUAGUUAUCUGUUACGCUAGAAAAAAAAAUUAGUACUAUUACAUUAUAAUUAUUACAAUUAUCACUACGGAUACUACUAUACUGCUAUUUCUACCACUAUUACUCUUACUAUUAUUACUGUUAUUGGUAUAUACUCUUGCGCUACUCUCUUCUUGUUCAAUAUUUAUUACUAUUUUCCCCGCUAUUACUCCUAUUAUAUAACUCUUUACUGUUAAUAUCUCUAGUAUCCCUAUCAUUGUGACUACAAAUACCGAAAUUGUUCCAAUUUCCAAUACGAAUUAAUAAUAUCGCCUCGACAAAAUACAAUCAUUGCGAUUACUGAUACUGUGAGGCGGUAAAAUAAAAAGAAACUGAGAAGUGAGGUAAUUCAACCAACUUUGGUUGUUCUUUUACUUCUCUGCUAUCUCAAAAGAUUUUAUAUUUUGCGUAAAUGCACUUACAAUUUUAUCUAACAUAUCCACAUUCUGUUAUGAAUUUCAAAUCUUUUAUCUUGAAUAAUUUUAUUUCAUCUUCUUUCUUAUAUAACUUUUCCAACUGGAUGAUUUAUUCCAUAUUUCAUGGUCCAUCUUCAACACUCUUACCGCCGCGAUUACAACGUGUUUGUCUAGGCAGAGGUUUAGUCGGGUAUUGGAAAGGGUAUUUCAAUCACAAGCGUUGUCGAAGGAGAUGUACAUUCAGACUUUAGAUGAUACGAAUUUUUUGUAUGUCCCAAAUCCUAAGUACAUACUUUCAUUAAGAAAAUAAAGUGUUUGACCUUUUAA